AUGGACUCUGAAGACGGGGGAAAGGGGGAAGCCCAGGGCUGCUCAGAAGACCCAGCCGGAAGCCCCCUGGAGCCAGGCCCCAAGCUCCCCUCUGUGAGCUCCGCCCACUCAGGUCCAAAAGUGAACAUCAAGGAGCCAGAGAAGUUCAGCAUUCGUGAUCGGGACAACAAAGUGUUGGUUCUGGAUGGCGAGAUCCUCAGGGCAGUUCCAGAUAAAAGAUAUAUACUCCCAGAGACCUUCUUUAUAAUAGCCUUGCACGUGCGCUCAGCCCACCAGGAGAAAGGAAGUCCAAUUCACCUGGCAGUUUCUAAAGGAGAGUUAUGUCUCUGCUGUAACAAGGAAAAAGGACAAAGUCAACCAUCCCUUCAGCUGAAGAAGAAGAAACUUACCCACCUGACUGUCCAGAAAGAGCCAGCACUCCAGCACUUCAUCUUUUAUAGGUGUAAGGUGGGCUCCCUGAGCACACUGGAAUCAGCUGCUCACCCCGGAUGGUUCAUCUGCACCUCCUGUGAUGCUGGUGAACCUGUUGGAGUGACAGAUAAUGUUGGUAAAAGGAAACACACUGAGUUUUUAUUUCGGAAAGUUUGCAAAGCGGCAGUGAGCCCCAGUGAGGUCAGUGAAUAG